UUGUAAACAAGCAUGGUUGUCAACUUAUUAAUCAAAUAAUAUCUUUUCAAGACUAUUUUAUCAUUAACUUAAAUGAUUAUCCUUUUGGUUUCCGUGUUUUUUAUUACAUGUUCUUGCCAACUCAUUAGCCUUUUUUUUUCUUUACUUUCCCAGGAAUUUAUUUUUGGGACUCAACUUGAAAGCUCGCCAAUUAUGGGAGCUGAGAGGAAAUGGCUUUUGACCCUUUUCUCCGCUGCAUUUCUCUCGCUCAUUAUACUGUUGUUCUCUUCAAUAUUGGCCUUUAGCUUCUCAAAACCCUUCCCAUCGAUCGUUCAAGUAGGAUCUCAUUAUCCGUCGGCGUUUGCUUACUAUAUAUGGGGCGGACGAGGUGAUUGUGACCGGAUGUUCAGGCUUUUACUAGCAGUAUAUCACCCACGUAAUCAGUACCUUUUGCAUCUGACAGUGGAGGCAUCGGAGGAAGAGAGGCAGAAGCUGUCUGGGCUGGUUAAGUCGGUGGCGCCAAUUCGGGCUUUUGGGAAUGUGGAUGUAUUGGGGAAACCUGAUCGACUUACUUACAUGGGGUCUACAAAUAUCGCCACCACUUUGCGUGCAGUGGCUAUAUUGUUGAGGCUUGAUAGUGGUUGGAAUUGGUUUAUUACAUUGACUGCGAGUGAUUACCCGCUUCUCACACAGGAUGAUCUUUCUCAUGUCUUCUCCUCUGUCAGAAGAGAUCUCAAUUUCAUUGAUCACACCAGUGACCUUGGAUGGAAAGAACCUCAAAGGUUUCAACCAAUUGUAGUUGAUCCAGCGAUCUACCUAGCCAGGAGGAGCCAAAAUUUUCAUGCUACAGAAAAACGGAAAACACUCGAUGCUUUUAAAGCAUUUACAAGCAAGUCUCUUCAAUGCUCUCCCUCUUACACACACAUAUAUGUAACAGUGUGUGUGUAUAACUAUAACACACAAGUCAAGUUUAUGUUUUUGGUAUCUUUCAACUGGGAAUGCUAGUCAGUGACAUUCAUAAUCUGCAGG